AAACUCCAUCCACUAUGUCCACUCUCUCGCGCCUCUUCUCACUCGUGCGCAUUUUAGCAACCACCCCUCUCUCCCAUGUUUGUCCUGCGCCGUCCCCACCUCACACGCCAUCUCCGCAUCUCUCGCAAUUACCGUGCCGUCUCCGCCGCCGCCGCAGUUCGUCAGGACGCCAACCUCUGGACACCGGCCCCUCUCUCUCUCGUCGAAUCUGCGGCGGAAUCGCUUUUCCACAUCUCGAUCGACGUCUCUAACUCCCCGGAUCUCGUAGACUCCUACACGCGGCCAGGUCAGUAUCUCCAGCUCCGCGUUCCCGAUGUCGAGAGGCCUUCGUUUCUGGCGAUCGCUUCUUCUCCUCCCUUCGCGGCUGCGAGCGGUGCGUUCGAGUUCUUGGUCAAGAGCAUCGCUGGAUCGACGGCCGAGAUUCUCUGCGGGUUGAAGAAAGGGGAGACCGUUGAGCUUAGUUCCGUGAUAGGUAAUGGUUUCGACCUCGAUCAGAUCGAUCCUCCUGAAGAAUACUCCACAGUUUUGAUUUUCGCCACUGGAUCUGGAAUUAGUCCCAUCCGCUCACUAGUUGAGUCAGGAUUUGGCGCUGAUAGAAGAUCUGAUGUAAGACUUUAUUAUGGGGCUAGGAACCUGAAAAGAAUGGCUUAUCAGGAAAAGUUUAAAGAGUGGGAAUCAUCAGGUGUCAAAGUUGUGCCGGUAUUAUCCCAGCCAGGCGAUGGGUGGAGAGGGGAAACCGGAUAUGUGCAGGCUGCUUUUGCAAGGGAUAAACAAGUUUCAGAUCCCUCGGCAACGGGAGUGGUGCUGUGUGGACAAAGACAAAUGGCUGAGGAGAUCACAGCAAUGCUUGUAGCGGAUGGAGUAUCAAAUGACAAGAUGCUUAAAAACUUUUGACAGAUAUAGAUUAUUAUUUGCUACCAAAGCCCUCUCUAAUUCAUAAACACAUAUAGAUUUCUGUAAUCCCUUAAGGUUAAUGAUAUUGUAUUGUCUGUCACCACAACAUUCUUCCUAAUGACUUUUUUUGUUAAGGUGGAAAAGUAUAAUGUACUUAUUGAGUUUCUACAUC